AUGUUAAUAAUUGCAAUUAUUCUUUGCUAUACAACAAAUGCAAAUUUACCUUGGUGGGCUUUAUUGCUAACUGUUGCUAUAGCCAUAAUUAUGGUACUUCCGAUAGGAAUCAUUCAAGCUAUCUCAAAUUGGUCAAUUGGUUUAAAUGUUAUAGUUGAAUUGGUGUGCGGUUUUCUUUUACCAGGAAAUCCUAUUGGAAACGUAUAUUUUAAAACUUAUGGAUAUGUAUCUUUGUUUCAAUGUUUGUUAUUUGUUCAAGAUCUAAAAUUAG